AUGGUUGUUUCAGACGCUGAUUUCCAUUUGUGUGUAGCCAAAACAGCAUUAACUAUUGGUGAAAUUGAUGAGUUUGAAGAUGAUCUUCAUCAUAAUACUCAUCAGUAUGAUCAUUUUUGUAAAAAUGUAUAUAAAGGUUGUUCAUUUCACUAUGAACAAAGUCUAUUUCGUACGUUUGUUGAUCUUAGUUUAAAAACAGCAUACAACAAUGAUGAAAACCUUCGUGGUUGGUUCAGAUCUUUCGCAGCAUUAUCGUCAUCAAAAGAUAUGUUAUGGGGCUUACAGUGUCUAAUUCGUACUCCACUAGAUUAUCCAUGCAUUAAAGGAUUUCUUGAUUAUUAUCAUAGUCAGUCGAUUUCCAUCAGAUAUUAUUCCAACUAUUAUCAUAAUAUAACACUGCGAACAAUUAAUUAUUUGAAAGGUCAAUGUUCUCGAAUGAAAAAACAUGUUAAUUCUUCACAUCCAAACAAUUACAUUGUUAUUGAUUUAUUACAAAAGGAACAAUCAUUAGCAUCGACUACAAGAGUACGAGAUAAUAUGACGGAAGCUCCAACUCGAAAAUGUCAUCAUAACAGAUGA